AUGCAAACAGGAUCAUGGAUGUGGAGAAAAUUGCUCAAGCUCAGGGAGGUUGCUAAGAGUUUCUACAGGAAGAAAAUUGGUAAUGGGCGUCACACUUCAUUUUGGUUUGAUAAAUGGUCAGAGAGAGGAGUUCUGGUUGACUUACUGGGAGCUAGAGGCUUUAUCGAUAUAGGUAUUAGAAAAGAAGCUACUGUUGAAGAAGCAAUCCUCUGUUUCCGUAGGAGAAGAAGGCAUCGUGUGGAGAUUCUGAAUGAGAUUGAAGAGGAGUUGGCAAGGUUGAAAGACAAGUUGUGUGUCGAAGUUGAAGAUGUUAGCCAGUGGAAAAGGGCGUCGGGCUUUAAACAAGUUUUCUCGACUUGUGAGACUUGGAGACUGAUUAGAGAAGAGAAGGAUACAUGCGACUGGGCUAGUUGUAUUUGGUUCUCGCAAGCUACCCCGAAGUACGCAUUUAUGGCUUGGUUGGCUAACCUGAACAGACUGUCUACUAUGGAUAGGAUUGCUCGGUGGAGUCAAGGAGUGGAUACUACUUGUGUGCUUUGCAAGAACUCACCGGAAGACAGGAAUCAUCUGUUCUUUGAGUGUGCUUAUUCAUCUCAAGUUUGGGAAAGUCUCAACAGAGGAAUCAUGGGAACUUCUUUCACAAACUCUUGGUCUUGGUCUGAUAUAGUGCAACUAAUUGUUGGAAGAUCAAUGGAAAAGAAGCUGUUCUUUUGUCUCAGGUACACUUUUCAGAGUGCAAUUCAUGCACUGUGGCGUGAGAGAAAUAGAAUCAGGCAUGGAGAAAAAAUGCUGCCAUUGAUAAUUUUGAAGAAAAUGUUGGAUAAGGGAGUGAGAAACAAGUUGAGUCAGUUGAGAUCAAGGGGAGUGAAGGGAAUGGAGGAUACAUUACAAGUAUGGUUUGGCACAAGAGGGUGA